AUGUCAACCACUUCGGAACUGCGCAACUUCGAUCUGAAUUGGACCUUCGAUGCCGCUUCCUCUCUUCCUGCGGUCGAUUGCAGCCCUUUAGACUGGCCGCUAGAUCUAGAUGACCUAGACAUUAUGAGAUUCGAUAUGCCUAGCCUAGAAAACUCCGCUGGACACCUGUCGUGCACAUCCCAGGGAUCGCCAUUACAAUAUCCAACCAAUGCCACAUCUCGUCCAAAACAUUUUCUACACAAUACCAACUCCCUCAACCAGUACCACGAAACCCAUUCGAUUGCUCCACACAGACCGAAACAACAAUGUGUACCGUGGGAUCUGACAAGAUCCAGCCUAGCCAUUCCUACCAACGCUCACAUGAAUCCUAAGCACGGCCAUCAUCAACUCGGGAGAAAUAUUAUCGAUCAUUCCGCCAAUCGCACCGAGUCACGCCCAAAACAUUCCUCCGCUGCUUUUGUAGAUGGUGUGGGUGAAAUGAAGAAGAUCCCAACGAAAAGCGCCGUCACCGUCGUUGUCGUCAUGGAGGGCAACGAGGACCUCGUACUCGCGGAAGCGGACUGUGAGCUUCAAUAUAAGGUUCUUCUGCAUGAUUUAGAGGAUCCUGGCGCGCCUGGCGAUCCCAGAGACCUCUGGGACACUAUAGACUAUCCCGAGCUUCCCGCUGACCCUCUUGCUGACCCUGCGCCUUCUGAACCCGUUCCCAUUGCUCCUGUUGAUCCCUGCUUAAUGGUCCCUGAAACUAAUCCUGAAGCUACACUAAAGAAGAGAACCAAUCCCCCCUGCUUAUCUCCACCAGUAUCCUUUGACGACGAGCCCGUGUUGUGCAACGAAUCAAACGACCCUGACAAUUCUAUCGAUUUUGCUGCUGAAUCGCAUAAUUUCGAGGAGAUCAACAAAGAGCCUCUCUUUCCUAAUCUGGCUCCGCCUUCGUCUCUGCCUCGCAAGCGAGUAAGAAGGCCUGCCAACUCUUAUAUCCGAUCUUCUUCACCUGACCCUCUUGCGGCGCCGACGAACCAGACAUCUCGAUAUGGGAGGAGACUCAGGCGCGUGAGACAGGAUAGCGACGAAUAUCCGUAUCAUUAG